AUGAAUUUAUUUCCUAAUAUUCAAACACAAAAUUUGUUUACUCCAUUCGAUGUAAAACUUACAAACACAAAUAUUGAGCGACUUGAAUUCUUUUAUCCUGUUUCUUAUGACAAAUUUUUAGAAGAGAAGAAACAUUUUAAUAUUUGUCCUUUUGUAAAAUACACAAAAGAAGACAGAAAAAAGUAUGGCAACACAAUUCCCCAAAAUGUGUGUUGUAUUGACAACAACUGUUUUAAAAAUUGUGAGGAAGAAGUGAUAACCAUCCCAAAUAACAUUCGAGUUAUUUUAAAUAAGGCUUUUACAUCAGCACAUAUCCGAGAAAUUGAAAUACCAAAUUCUGUGACGUUUCUUGGCGAUAGCGUGUUCGAUGGAUGCACCAAUUUAACACGUGUUGAACUUCCAUCUUCACUUCAACACAUCCCCGAACAAACUUUUAAAAAAUGUGUGUCUUUAAAAGAAGUUAAAAUACCAUCAUCCAUCACUGCAUUUGGAAGUGACUGUUUUGGUCCGGACUGUGGGAUGGAGUCCAUUGUUGUUGCACCAAAUAUUUGUGUUUCGUUUUAUGCAUUUGAAUUUUCCAAUCUAAAUCACAUUGAAUUUGUUGGUCAAUCAAUCAUAGCAGAUCAUGUGUGCGACCAUUGUUUGUUAUUGAAAAGUGUGAAAAUGGACACCACUGUAAAGGUCAUUGGAAGUUACGCGUUUCUUCAUUGUGAAAAACUUGAGGAUAUCAAUGUCCCAUCAUCACUUCAAAUUAUCAACACAUCCGCUUUUGAAAAGUGCACUUCUUUAAGCAAAUUUGUAAUUCCAAAUAAGCUUCUGUGUAUCAAUGCACGUGCAUUUUAUAAUUGUUCCAAUAUAAAAGAAUUGAAUUUCCCAGAUAACACCAAAUUUUGUGUUAUUUGGAAAUAA